AUGUGGCUGGAUCGAUUUGGGGGUGCACCCCCCAACGCGUCAGGGUCCUCGACUCCCCAAUCCAUCGUCAGGUCCUAUUCACCACUACCACGACGAACGACGUCCGGCGGUCUCAGCCCGUAUGUUACCUCCCAGCGUACAGGGAGCUCUCCUCGAAGCUCAUCGCUUUCCUUGGCAUCGAAUGACUCGACAUCGUCGCUCCUCUCCUCCUCGCGCAAGCCCAAUGGAUCCGCAUUACGACAGACAUCGACCGUAUACGAUGGUCCUUCACCGGAGGAUAUUAUAGAGAAGCUCCUCGAGGAAAUCCAGGAUGACUCCGAUCAGCCUCAAGAACCUAGUUUUGUGAAAAAGGAGGACUUGGACCUCAUCCCCGAGUUCGGCGGUUUAUCUUUAAAGCAACUUGCAGAUCGUAAGGGCCAGGGCGAAAGCGAUUGGGAGGCUCAAUUCUCCGCUCUUUCCAUUCGAUCGCAUUCGGCAGAAGAAUAUGACAAUCGGAGAACCCAAUUCAACGAGCUACAUCAGAACAUCACAGCCUGCGAUGAUAUCUUAAAUUCCGUCGAGACCUUUCUUACUAGCUUCCGUAACGAUCUCGCCAAUGUGUCUUCCGACAUUGAGUCCCUGCAGUCGAGAUCUGCUGCGCUGAACCGAAGAUUGGAUAACCGUCAAGCUGUCGAGAAGGCCCUUUCCCCUAUUGUCGAAGAAUUGAGCAUCUCACCGGAGACAAUUACCAGGAUAACGGCAGGGCAUAUUGACGAAUCUUGGGUCCGAGCCUUGAAUGAUUUGGAUCGCCGUGCCACCGCACACCAGAAGCGAACCGGCUCACAACCGCCCAAGGCUCUGGAGGACCUGAAGCCACUGCUGGAGAAGCUUAUUCUCAAGGCAAUUGAGCGCAUCCGAGAUUUCCUCGUUGCACAGAUUCGGGCCCUGCGAGCUCCUCAAAUCAAUGCGCAGAUCAUCCAACAGCAAAACUUCCUCAAAUUCAAGGACCUGUUUACAUUUUUACACAAACACCAUCAAACUUUGGCGAAUGAGAUAUCCCUGGCAUAUAUGAAUACCAUGCGAUGGUACUAUCUCAACCAGUUUGGCCGUUACGAGAAAGCUCUGGGGAAGAUCAAAUUACAUUCUCUUGAUAAAAGUGAUGCUCUAGGCCAGGAAGAUACGCCGAGGAGAGCCAAUGUGUUGUCGGCCGCGAGGAUACCUGGGCCCCCCCAUGACGCCUUCAACCUGGGUCGGCGUAUCGAUAUACUGAAAACCAACAACCCAUCUGCCAUCUCCUCAUACCUCGCAGAAGAGGAUCAGUCUACUCAUUAUCUUGAAGUUCCGUUCCGCAAUUUCAACCUAGCCUUGAUGGACAACGCGACAGCUGAAUACACGUUCCUCGCCACUUUCUUCUCUCCAGCCCUCUCAUUCGCUCAAAUCUCCAAGAACUUCAACUAUAUCUUCGACCCCACGUUCGAGCUCGGCCGGACUCUCUCCAAGACGCUUGUUGGCGACACAUACGACGCCAUAGGUAUACUUCUCUGUAUUCGACUGAACCAGAGGUUAUCUUUUGAGCUCCAGCGUCGAAAAGUCCCCGCAGGCGAGGGCUACAUAAACGCUACCAAUAUGUUACUCUGGCCUCGCCUGCAAGUUAUCAUGGAUAGACAUUGCGAAUCUGUCCGUAGCUUGACCAAUGCUCUUCCCACGAAACCAAGCAAGAGCUCGAGCGAUCCAUCGAAAAUGACUGCAGCGCCUCACAUGUUAACACAGCGAUUUGGAGCUCUGUUGGAAGCAUUCCUGGCCCUAAGCACGGACGCCGGUGAUGAAGAGCCAGUGGCCUCCAGCCUGCGGAGGCUGCGGACUGAGGUCGAGACGUUCUUGACUCGGCAAGCUCAGACAUACGGCAGCGACAAGAGGAAGGGCUCACGCUUCUUGUAUAACAACUACUCCCUAGUCCUUACCAUUCUGGGGGACAUUGGUGGGAAGAUGGCGAUCGAGCAGCGCCAUCAUUUCGAAAAGCUCAAGCUCGCACACCAGGCUGACGCUUGA